AUGACUCAACCUCCGACUAUCACUCAACGAUUCCUGUCCAAACCCAACCAUCUGGGCGUUGUGGCUGUGGGUUUCAAUGGAGGUCAGUGUCGAACCGGUGUCGAAGCCGCCCCUCAAGCCCUGAUCGAGGCCGGUCUGCUCGACCAGCUCCACGAGGAUCUGGGCUACGAGCUUCACUAUGACCAGACCGUCCAUUACUACGAGAACCAAAUCCCCGCCGAGGAUCCCGACCACCGCGGGAUGAAGAAACCGCGGGCCGUCAGCGCCGUGACCGAAACUCUCAGCUCGCAGGUCUACCAGCACGCCAAGGACGGUAAAUUCGUCCUGACGCUGGGAGGAGAUCAUUCGAUUGCCAUCGGAACCGUCUCCGGAACCGCGAAGGCUGUCCGUGAACGCCUCGGCCGCGAGAUGGCCGUGAUCUGGGUCGAUGCUCACGCCGACAUCAACGUCCCCGAGAUGAGUCCCAGUGGGAACAUCCACGGCAUGCCCAUGGCGUUCCUGACCCGGUUGGCCCGUGAGGAGAAAAAGGACAUCUUCGGCUGGUUGAAGGAUGAACACAUCGUCAGCACGCGCAAACUGGUCUACAUUGGUCUGCGGGACGUGGAUCGCGGCGAGAAGCAAUUGCUCCGGGAGAAUGGUAUCAAGGCCUUCAGCAUGCAUGACGUUGAUCGAUACGGCAUUGGCCGGGUGGUCGAAAUGGCUUUGGCACAUAUCGGCAACGACACACCGAUCCAUCUCUCAUUUGAUGUUGAUGCACUGGAUCCGCAGUGGGCACCCAGCACCGGUACUCCAGUGCGUGGCGGUCUGACUCUCCGCGAGGGCGAUUUCAUCUGCGAGUGUGUGCAUGAGACGGGCAACCUGGUGGCCAUGGACUUGGUGGAGGUCAAUCCCAGCCUGGAAUCGAUGGGAGCAUCGGAGACCAUCCGCACCGGGUGUUCGUUGGUGCGAAGUGCCUUAGGCGAUACCCUUCUGUAA